UGUUGUAUUUUGCUACUGAACUACUCUUUUAGUCUUUAGUCAAAUAGUCUAAUAAGUCUAAAGUCAAUAGUCAAUAGUAUCUUCGCUUGACUUCUGUCUUGUUUAGAAUUAAUAGAAUUUGGAUAUCCAUUAUCCAUAAACUAUUAUCGAAUAUUAUAUUUAUUUUAUUAUAAUUUAAUAUUUCUUAAUUAAUUGGUCGGAACUACUAUUCGCCGAAUAAAUUUCCCUAUUAAUAUUCGAUUGUUCGUCUUUCAAAACCAAUGGUUCGUGGUAGUGGACGUGUCGGUAUGAAUAGAUUUCCACCAUCGUUAGCCGGGCCAAUGGUUCCUCCAUUCAUGUCCCGCAGAGUGCCAAGACAUCCUUUCGAUAUUGUCCUUUGCGAAGGCGCUUUCCCUCGAGUGAAGCCUGGCGCUCAUACUACAGAGGAAUCGGCUUUCAAUGCUGCUUUGCUGAAAAGGGCGCAGGUGUUGACACCCUCUCCCGAAGACCAUUCAUCUUUAUUGGGAGUUGUUACCAAGAUACAGUCUAUACUGGAUAAUAUUAUUAUAUCCCCAGGAAAAACUGAAGUAUCCAUUGAAGAGGUUAGAGUAGUUGGAUCUUUUAAAAAAGCUACAAUUAUGAAGGGCCAUACUGUGGCUGACAUAGUGGUUAUUUUUAAAACUUUACCUACUAAAGAGAGCGUAAUCUCUUUGUCUCAAAGAAUUAUAGCAGACUUCAGAGAAAACUAUCCUACUGGCAUGCAGAUUGCUGAUGAUGUUUUGAUGGCUCCAGACAGCACUGGUUUUGAUGUUAUUUCAUCACAAGGCACUGUGCGCAUACUAAUUUCCACGAUAUCUACAAAUUUAAAAAAGCUUACGUCUGGUCUACACUUAGAUGCAAAUGCAAUGAAACUACACAUGGGUGCAAUACGCCAUAGCCGGUGGUUUGAUGACAAUGCCUCUCAUUCAUCAAAUAAGAUGCUUGUUAGGCUUCUUAAAGAUUUACGCAACCGUUUUACCGGGUUGAAAUGUUUAAAUCCAUGGAUGAUAGACUUAUUGGCACAUCGUUCACUGUUAAACAACAAACAAACAUUACCCAUUCAGAUAGCAUACAGGAGAGUCAUACAACUACUAGCUGGUGGGCUAUUUCUUCCUGGUUCAGCUGGAAUAAUAGAUCCCUGUGAAAGUGGUAACAUCAGAAUUCAAACCUUACUAUCAUUGGAACAACAAGACUUACUGUGCAUGACUGCUCAACAUUUAGUUCGUGUGAUGGCUCAUGGUGGUUUUAUUGCUGUACUAAAUGGAAACGAUAAUAUUUUAAAAUUGAAAUCUAUUAACGGCAUUGUUUUUGAAGACUUGCAAAAAGCAUAUGAGAAACAAGAAGAGAUGGUAGAAGAUGUGGAUGCUACAAGUGCAGAAAAUGAAGAAGUAGCAAUGGAGAGUACAUAAGUCUAUAAUUAUAAAUUAAUUUUUUAAAAUUGUGUUUUUCUGUGUAUAUAUUUAAUGUUUGUGUGUGUAUUGAGUGUGCAUAUUUGCUACAUAUUCUUUUUUUCAAUUCAUUAGAAAAUUAUCCAAAACGAUAAAUUGUAUUUAUACAUUUAAGAACCUAAUUUUUAUAUAACUCUUUCAUUAAAUAAAUUUCUUCUAAGGUACAACA